UGUUAUUAUUUUCAAAUUGAUAAAGUAGCAAAUAAAUUGAGAAAAGGGGCCCUAAAUUAAAUAAAAGAGUCGAAAAAUCCCUAUUAAAAAUUCGCAAACAAACCCAAAAAAUGCCUUCGGGCGCUCGCAGGCUGUCGAGAGCGGGUCGUACCAAUUCUCAGGGCGAUUCCGGCACCCUUACCAAAGGAAUCCCCAUUCUCCUGAUUCCCACUAUGGAAGCCCCGGAUUUACCCAAGCACUUUCCGUUUCCCAGCUUGUUUUCGGAUAGCGACCUAUUUUUCGAUUUCAUUAUGGCCCUGUAUGCUUUUACAGGAACCGGCAUACAGUUUAUGCAUUUGUACAGGUCGGUGUGGUGGCUGCCGAACAGUUUUACUCAAAACGCAAUAAAUUUUUACUUGAUAGAUGUGAAUUUAGUUAUCCUAAUUGGGCUCAUAUUUGCACGAAGACUCUACUUUCAAGUGGGUUGCAAAAUGAUAUCGAAAAUGUACUCGAACAAAACCUCAGCGGAUCUCAGCUAUCUGUCCAGAUCGAUUUUAUCGCUAUUUUACGCUAUAGUCAUUGGAAUCCUGGCUACAAUUGUCUUGGGAACCAGAAGCAAAAUGGACAUAAUUUACUUAUUUUAUCCCAUUCUUUUAUAUGUACCAAUCUUUGGAAGUAAAGUUAGACCAUUCUUUGAAGUGUCAUCUUGGUGUUCAAACGGAAUCCAGCCUAUACAUGCUUGCAGCUCAAAUCCCAGUGACAUAAGAAGGGAAUGUGAACUCUUAAAAGUAAACCUACUUGAUAGGUUGAGGCAAAUAUUUUUCACUGCAGCAAUUAAUGCUUAUUAUGGUUGUUUUAUACCUUGUUGCUUUGCCCAACCCGAAUUGGUUUACGAUAAAUGGUGGAACAUUGAACAGGGGACAUUUAUUUUUACUGGGAGCCUUAUUUUUUCAUUUACGCACAUGAUACCUUUGAGAUAUUGCGAUAUUUUACACAAAGCGGUGUUACAUUCUGGUAUGUGGGAAAGAUUCAAUACAGAAAGGAAUAAUGUAGCUAUAGUUAUUCAUGACUGGAGGGAUGAUGUACUUUGGCCUGGUGGUGCAUUAGUAAAAUACAAUAAGGCAAUUUGGAGAGCUAUAGGAGAUUGUAAUUCUAUUGCACCAGGAGACAGGGCACUUACAUGGGGCUAUUUUUUAUUUAUUCUGCCUUCUUAUCCUUUGGCUUUAGUCUGUUUGUUUCAAGCAGUGGUAAUUUUUUAUCAACUAUACAUUUGCAUGUACUCUACUUAUUGGUACAGGAUAAUUUCACUUACUCUUAUGGUGUUUUUUAACUACAGCUCGCUUUAUAAACUUUUGAGAGAUUGUUUGGUUAGCUACAAAAUUUACAAGCAAACUGAAGAAAGCGACGAUGAUAAGUACACUUCUUCAGAUUACCUAAAUGAUGUUACUUCAAAUUAUAAGUCUAAUAUUAGAACUGAAGAAUUCCCGUUUGAGUCAACUGUGUCAGAUGAUGAAGCUGGAGAUAGAUGACCGUGGUUCCAAAAAUCCAGUGACAAUUAUUUUUUGUUUAUUAUGGUGCCAGCAUCUAUAUUCAUUAUUGCUUUAGUGUUUUACAUAUUUGAUUUUUUUUCUAUAGAUUUUCUUGUAUAUAUUGCUGAUAGUUUAAUUAUUCGAUAAUAAUUUUGUGAUGUUUUACUUUGUAGGAACGUGUGAGGACUAAGGACUAGAUUGGACAAUUAAUUGUACAAAAUUUUUUUUGAGUUUUAUUGUAGUUACAAAGUAUAUGGAUAUAUAAAACAUUUUUUGGCAUACAUUACAGAUAGUUAUUUAGACAAAACUUUAAUAAAACAAUGGCACAAUUAUAUCACAUUUUGUAAAAAUCACUUAUUUGAGCCUAAAAUAUAAAGAAUAUAAUAAAAUACUUACAUUAUUCUAUUGGGGGGUUAAUCUUGGAAUAUUAAGAGGACUUUGAUUUUCUAGUUCUGUAUAUUUUUGCAUCAUAUCUUGCAAAGAUUCUUUACUUUCCUCAAAGAAAUCAAUAUCGAAAUUAUUAAUUUUUGUAUAGUGAUGUAUGUGAGCCUAAAAAAACAACAAACAAAACUUUUUAACAGCUACAAUAAAAAUUCUUACCCGUUUCCUAUACAAACUAUUAUAUUGCUUAUAAAGAUGUUCAAACAAACUAUACAUCGCUGUAGUGUUGAAUAAAGAAAAUAAGGCAACAGUUUGCCCAUUAGGUGGUACAUUGCAAAGACCUACUUUAAUAGAUUUUUUAGACCAAGCAGUAAAUUUGGCUUUACUUUGCAAUUUAUCUAUAUAAGUCUGUAAAUCUGUUAUUGUAUAAUCACCUCUACCUAUCAGGGUAGAUGAUAAUAGAAGUGAUUUUGGACUUAAUGGGUCUAUUUGAAUUAGUUGAUUUUGUCUGUUGCAUGAGGCUAGGAACAUUUCUUCUUUAAGUUGCUUGCUAAGAAUUGAAAUUAUUUAUAAAAAAAAAUAAAUCUUCAAACUCUUGAGCUUACCUUUUAUUUUUAGCAAUAAGGCUAGAUUUUACUAAAUGAUUGAAACCAGUGGAAAUAAAAUUCAUUUUGGGAUAUGGCACCAUAUUAGUAUUGAUAUCGUUCAUGUCAAAAUUUAAAGUUCCAGAAAAUCUUGAGCCACUAGUUAAGUGUAGCAACAUAUCAACAAUACUGCUGUUCAUAUCGUCAGUGGCGUUGAACAUAUUAAUUUCAUUAAUGCCAUUUUUAUGUUUUCUUGCCACUAUUUCCAGAAGACAUCGGUUUUCCACUGGAAAUACACAAGUAGCAUUUUCCAAUAUCUGAUGUGUCGCUAAAGCAUUGUUAUAAGGACUUGUUAUUACAUCUUCAGUGCCAGUUGCGUAGACACAAGAAACAAACCUAAAUAAGCGUAAUGUUUUUUUUUUUUAAUUAUUAGCUAGUAUUAAUGAAUAUGUAGGUACCUUUCAAUUUUAGGAUAAAAUUCUGAUAAAAUAUUUAAAACAAAAGUUCCUAGGCCAGAUCCUGUACCUCCUCCAGUUGAAAAUAACAUUAAAAAUCCGUGCAAGCUAUCGCACCUUUCUAUCGAGUGUCUUAGGGAUUUUAAGAUUUUUUCUUGGUAUUGUGGUCCGUGUUCACAAAAACCUAAAAUUGUUGGAUAAUGUAGAGUUUUUGAAACAAGGCUUUAAGCAAUUUGGGGUAGUUUAUCAAUUUUUUUGAGUGCCUUUUUUCAUAGAUUCUGGUUACAAAUCUCAUAAUAAUUUAGUGUACCGGGUUUGGGCGAUUUCAAAG